AUGGAGAUGUCACAAGAUUUGCUCUUAGCACCAGAGGUUGAUGUGACAGCCCAAAAAAGACCUGCCAGAGAGGAGCAAGUAACCCAGCCAACUGCCAUGGCAACUGAUGAGGAGCUGUUGAAGCAAGGAGAACACAGUCUCAGAAGACAACAUUCACAUCCUCACAUGGGGCCAGAACCACAUGCACAACAAGGCUGCAGUUCACAAGGAUGA